CAGUCUCUCGCCGCCAGCUCCCGGCCCUUCCGAUCCCAGUUUUCAGUUGCCCGCGGUUCGCCGCCCCGCUAGCCGCCGCGAUGCCGGUGUUUCACACGCGCACGAUCGAGAGCAUCCUGGAGCCGGUGGCGCAGCAGAUCUCGCACCUGGUGAUUAUGCACGAGGAGGGCGAGGUGGACGGCAAAGCCAUUCCUGACCUCACCGCGCCCGUGGCCGCCGUGCAGGCGGCCGUCAGCAACCUCGUCCGGGUUGGAAAAGAGACCGUUCAGACCACUGAGGAUCAGAUUUUGAAGAGAGAUAUGCCACCAGCAUUUAUUAAGGUUGAAAAUGCUUGCACCAAGCUUGUUCAGGCAGCCCAGAUGCUUCAGUCAGACCCAUACUCGGUUCCUGCACGGGAUUACCUCAUUGACGGCUCUAGGGGAAUCCUCUCUGGCACAUCUGACCUUCUGCUUACCUUUGAUGAGGCUGAGGUUCGUAAAAUUAUUAGAGUUUGCAAAGGAAUUUUGGAAUAUCUUACAGUGGCAGAGGUAGUAGAGACUAUGGAAGACUUGGUCACUUACACAAAGAAUCUUGGGCCAGGAAUGACUAAGAUGGCCAAAAUGAUUGAUGAAAGACAGCAGGAGUUGACUCACCAGGAACACCGAGUGAUGCUGGUGAACGCAAUGAACACUGUCAAAGAGCUGCUUCCUGUUCUCAUUUCAGCUAUGAAGAUUUUUGUUACAACCAAAAAUUCAAAAAACCAAGGAAUAGAAGAAGCUUUGAAAAAUCGAAAUUUUACUGUAGAAAAGAUGAGUGCUGAAAUUAACGAGAUCAUUCGUGUAUUACAACUCACUUCCUGGGAUGAAGACGCCUGGGCCAGCAAGGACACUGAAGCCAUGAAGAGAGCGCUGGCGUCCAUAGAUUCCAAAUUGAACCAGGCCAAAGGUUGGCUCCGUGACCCCAAUGCCUCCCCAGGGGAUGCUGGUGAGCAGGCCAUCAGGCAGAUCUUAGAUGAAGCUGGAAAAGUUGGUGAACUUUGUGCAGGCAAGGAACGCAGGGAGAUCCUAGGAACCUGCAAAAUGCUAGGGCAGAUGACUGACCAAGUGGCUGACCUCCGAGCCAGAGGACAAGGAGCCUCACCAGUGGCUAUGCAGAAGGCCCAGCAAGUGUCUCAGGGGCUCGACGUGCUUACUGCGAAAGUGGAAAAUGCAGCUCGGAAGCUGGAAGCCAUGACGAACUCAAAGCAGAGUAUUGCAAAGAAGAUUGAUGCUGCCCAGAAUUGGCUGGCAGAUCCAAAUGGUGGACCUGAAGGAGAAGAACAGAUUCGAGGGGCUUUGGCUGAAGCUCGGAAGAUUGCAGAAUUAUGUGAUGAUCCUAAGGAGAGAGAUGACAUCCUCCGCUCCCUUGGAGAGAUAGCUGCUCUGACCUCUAAAUUAGGAGACUUGCGAAGACAGGGGAAAGGAGACUCCCCAGAGGCUCGAGCCUUGGCUAAACAAGUGGCAACGGCGUUACAGAACCUGCAGACCAAAACCAACAGGGCCGUGGCUAACAGCAGACCUGCCAAGGCAGCUGUCCAUCUCGAGGGCAAGAUUGAACAGGCACAGCGAUGGAUUGACAAUCCUACAGUAGAUGACCGUGGAGUUGGUCAGGCUGCCAUCCGUGGCCUUGUGGCUGAAGGGCAUCGGCUGGCCAAUGUCAUGAUGGGACCUUAUCGCCAAGAUCUUCUUGCCAAGUGUGACCGUGUAGACCAGCUGACAGCUCAGCUGGCUGACCUGGCUGCCCGAGGGGAGGGGGAGAGUCCCCAGGCAAGAGCACUUGCAUCUCAGCUUCAGGACUCCCUAAAGGAUCUUAAAGCCCAGAUGCAGGAAGCUAUGACUCAAGAGGUGUCUGAUGUUUUCAGUGAUACUACAACUCCCAUCAAGCUGUUGGCAGUGGCGGCCACUGCUCCUCCUGAUGCGCCCAAUAGGGAAGAGGUAUUUGACGAGAGGGCAGCCAACUUUGAGAACCAUUCAGGAAGGCUUGGAGCCACAGCAGAGAAGGCAGCUGCUGUUGGUACUGCCAAUAAAUCAACAGUGGAAGGCAUUCAGGCAUCUGUGAAGACAGCCCGAGAACUCACUCCCCAGGUCAUCUCAGCUGCUCGAAUCUUACUGAGGAACCCUGGUAAUCAAGCUGCUUAUGAACAUUUUGAGACCAUGAAGAACCAGUGGAUUGAUAAUGUUGAAAAAAUGACAGGGCUGGUGGACGAGGCUAUUGAUACCAAAUCUCUCUUGGAUGCUUCUGAAGAAGCAAUUAAAAAAGACCUGGACAAGUGUAAGGUAGCCAUGGCCAAUAUUCAGCCUCAGAUGCUGGUCGCUGGAGCAACCAGUAUUGCCCGCCGGGCCAACCGGAUUCUGCUGGUUGCUAAGAGGGAGGUAGAGAACUCUGAGGAUCCAAAGUUCCGAGAGGCUGUGAAAGCUGCCUCUGAUGAACUGAGCAAAACAAUCUCCCCCAUGGUGAUGGAUGCCAAGGCUGUGGCUGGAAACAUCUCUGACCCUGGCCUGCAAAAGAGCUUCCUGGACUCAGGAUAUCGGAUCCUGGGAGCUGUGGCCAAGGUCAGAGAAGCCUUCCAACCUCAGGAGCCUGACUUCCCGCCUCCUCCACCAGACCUUGAACAGCUCCGACUAACUGAUGAGCUGGCUCCUCCUAAACCACCUCUGCCUGAGGGUGAAGUCCCUCCACCCAGGCCCCCACCACCAGAAGAGAAGGAUGAAGAGUUCCCUGAGCAGAAAGCUGGGGAGGUGAUUAACCAGCCAAUGAUGAUGGCCGCCAGGCAGCUCCAUGAUGAAGCUCGGAAAUGGUCUAGCAAGCCGGGGAUCCCAGCCGCUCAGGUGGGUAUAGGAGUUGUAGCUGAGGCAGAUGCGGCUGAUGCUGUUGGGUUCCCUUUCCCCUCUGACAUGGAAGACGAUUACGAACCUGAGCUGCUGUUAAUGCCAUCUAAUCAGCCGGUCAACCAGCCCAUUCUGGCCGCGGCUCAGUCCUUGCACCGUGAAGCUACCAAGUGGUCUAGUAAGGGCAAUGACAUCAUUGCAGCAGCCAAGCGCAUGGCUCUGCUGAUGGCAGAGAUGUCUCGGUUGGUAAGAGGGGGCAGUGGUACCAAGCGGGCACUUAUUCAAUGUGCCAAGGAUAUUGCCAAGGCCUCUGAUGAGGUGACGAGGUUGGCCAAGGAGGUUGCCAAGCAGUGCACAGAUAAGCGGAUUAGAACCAAUCUCUUACAGGUCUGUGAGCGAAUCCCAACUAUAAGCACCCAGCUCAAAAUCCUGUCUACAGUGAAGGCUACCAUGCUGGGCCGGACCAACAUCAGUGAUGAGGAGUCUGAGCAGGCCACAGAGAUGCUGGUUCACAAUGCCCAGAACCUCAUGCAGUCUGUGAAGGAGACUGUUCGAGAAGCAGAAGCUGCUUCAAUCAAAAUUCGAACAGAUGCUGGAUUUACCCUGCGCUGGGUCAGAAAGACUCCCUGGUACCAGUAGGCGCCUUGUCAAACCUGGCUGGUACAUAAACCUCUGCUAAAGAGAAGAUAUCCAUCUUGAGUUCCAGAAGCCAUUGAGAGUUACCAGGAGUGGAAAAAUCAAUCCCUGGUUUCACACAGCAGAAAGGAAUGGGGCCUCUUCACAUAGAAAACAUUUAUACUCUUGUCAUUGACACUUUGAAAUGUGUCUCUCUAUAAACCCUGUACUUUCACAGUUACUAUGUGCACACUCUCCCAUGGAUUUUACAUAAGCUCAGAAUAAGUGUGAACACUAGCAGGAAGCCCUGCUCUGCCCGGGGGACAUUUCUCUCUGUUUACAGCUCACCCGACUCCCUUUUCCCCCUUUAGGCUCUCAAGACCUAGAGCAAGUCUGUAAAUCAUUGCUGAAGGAAAAGGUGGUCUCUGGGGAGUUCCAGCUCGUAUGGCCUGGAUUCAUUUCCUGCUUUCUCCCCAUGUAAUCCUAGUUCCUCACAAUGGAAAACCAACUUUCACUUUUGGGAGGAAAUCACUAUUCUGUCUUUAUCAUGCCCCUGACUAAUAUGUGUUAUGGAAACUUCCUGUCUCACAUCCUGCCUUGCUUGGUUGCUAAGGUAACCAUCCUGUAAACACACUGGUGCUCUCUGCCACUAGAGGGGCAGAGUAGCUGGGGUGUGAUCCUGCCCAUCCUCCCAGUGGGGCCACUCCCAGGUUUUUUAUGCUUUGUCACUGCCAGUAGAGGUCUGUGCUGAGGCCUUAGCAUUCAUUCUUGGCUCAUUUUCUUUUUUAAUUUCUGAGCUGAAAUGCAUUUACUUUUAACCAAAUCAUCCUAGGCUUUGGCGGUCUUCCUCUAUAUGCUUCUUAAACAAGAAUUUAAAGAUACAUAGGUAUGUGUUUGUCUGUAAUCCCUCCAUUCCCCACUUUUUCUUUUUUUAAAUUUCGAGACUGUGUCUCUUUAUGUUGUCCAGGCUAGUCUUGAGCUUCUGGAUUCAAGUGUGUCAGCCUGUUAGCUCCUACCACCACACUUGACUUUGCUUGUAACUUUGAGAAGUCCAUUCAAAAUUAAGUCCUAAGAAUUUGGGCUUGCUCCUUAAGAGACUUGAAUGGAAAGGCAAUCUUGUCUGAAAGGUAUUUCUUGUGUAAGGGAGAAUAGCAUUUGCAGAUUAUACUUCUGGUGCUGCUAGGAAAAAAAUCAGUAGAACAAUUAUAGUUCCCAGUUGCUUUUAACCAAUUACAACCAAGCCUUUUUCAUCCUUGCAUAAAUACAAAGUAUUCAAGAAUAAUAAGUAUGGUAUCUACUAUCAGAAAGGCAUGUUUCCUAUUGGGCACAGCUAGUGAAAAAGUGACUUUCCUUUUUUGCGUUUAUCCUGGCAAUAAAAGCAUUUCCCAGCACACGAAUGCUUCUUUCAGAAGUCAAGAACCAGAUGAAUACAGGAGUGAGACCACCUUGCUGGAUGUUCUUCCCACAUCUAGUAUGUUCUAUCCCAACACUGAACUUGUAAAUCUUAAGUUGACCCUGAAUACUCAGGCUUCCCCUAUUUCCUUUCAGCUGAUAAAAGAUUCUUUUCAAAGCUCUCAGCAGAUCUGUAUAGUUGCUUACCUGAUAUAAAUGCGUAUCAAUGCCUUUAAAGUAUGAAUCUAUGCCAAAGAUCAUCUUUUGUUUUACUAAAGAUUACUUAGAGGAACUAAGAAAAAUCAUGUUUGCUCUCCAAGUUCUUCCAAUUCUGGAGACACAUGUCCACCGGAUGUGCUUUUCUUGAGUGUCAGUGCUUACAGUACAAGGAGGCAAAAGGAAACAGUCCCUGAAUGAUGUGUUAGAGAUGCCACCGCUAAAAACUACAUUUAUAAGCUAGGACUUAUAUGCAAAUGUUUUCUGCCUCUUCUUUUGUUCUGUUUAAAAUAAUAAAGUACAUUUAUAUGAA